AUGAGUAAAAAUAACAUAAAAAUGAGUAUUUGGAAUAAAUUACGAAAUUCAUGUGGCUGGCGAAGUGGUGCUAAACAAAUGUCAAUUGAUGCAAUGAUACCAAUAUUUGCCGUUCCGGCAAUAACCAUUGUUGCUGCUCAAACUGUUUAUUUUACAGUGAUAACAUUUAUAACAACGCCAGUUAUUAUUUAUCACUUGGAUCACAACUUUCUGAGAUUUUUACCCAGGUCGAAAUUUUUUUUCAUGUGGACGAUCACCAGUGUCGUAAUGAUGUUGCUAGUUUUUGAAACGUGUGUUGUGCCUCUAUUAGAAAUUUUACCAGAGGAGAAUUUAGUUUUUGUAGCCGGAGUUAUUGGAGGCUUUUUUUGUGGACACAAAACCAAGAUAAAAGCCGAUUGUUUGGCUCAGGACGGAGCGGUAUUAGCGGUGGCUCAAGAAUUGGAGUUAGAAAAAGGUAUCAAUGGUACUGAGGGUGAUGAAUUUUGCGUAACGUGUCGCAAAAAAGCACCACCACGUGCUUAUCAUUGUCGGCUCUGCCAAACUUGUGUGCUAGGCAGAGAAUAUCAUUGCAAAUGGCUAAAUUGUUGCAUCGGAGCCAAUAAUUUAAAAUGGUACCUUGGAUGUUUAUUUUGUUCAACAUUGGCCUUUAUAUAUGGAUCUAAUCUCACGAUGACAAGUGUGUGUCAUCCUUUUAUUCUCAUUGGAACUCUUUUGCUGCCCGAUGAUUGCAGCGAUGUCUAUCAUCAACUAGACCUCGCACUUUGUUUUGUGUCUGCUGUCUACAGUCUGAUUGUCGGAUUAAUAGUUUUCAGUUAUUUAAUAUACCAUUUAUGGCUGAUAUAUUUGGGCACAACAGCAAACGAACGAAGACGUCUCACCUCAGCUGAUAGCCACUCAACAAAUUAUAGAUUACUUACAAGUAUUGCACAACUAGUCUGUUAA